AUGCACCCCGGGGCCCCCACAGCCCCUGGAGUUUCGGAGCCCAGCCCCCGGGAGCUGUGUGCCUUUGUGAGCGGGGCGGCCGCCCACAUGCUGCGCGCCCUGCACCCCCGGCGGACCCGGCCCCCCAAGAGGAGGCCCAACCACAGGCGGUUCCUGCACAAUCAGAUCUGCAGGCAGUUUGCCAGGAUUGAGGCUGCCACCCAGCGCCUGGCCCUGUCCAUCCUGUCCCAGGAGGCGCCUCCCCGGAGACCGGCGCCCCGGAGCCCGCCCCCGCCGCCUCCAUCCCCCUUCCUGGGCGUGGCCCGCGCGGUGGCCCCCACCGAGGCGCCCCGGGCUGGCCCCCGCCUGAGCCUGGCCGCGCUGGAGGCCUCCAGCCUGGACCUCAUCCGGAGCAUCGCACUCUCCCCGGAGCCGCCCUCGGUGCCCGCAGACCUUUCCCACCACGCAGAGGGCCAGCCAGACCCCAGGCAGGCCCUGCAACCCUGCGACCCCCUGCGCCUGCCCCUGCAACCCUGCGACCCCCUGCGCCUGCGCCUGCCUCUGCCUCCCUGCGACCCCCUGCGCCUGCCCCUGCCUUCCUGCGACCCCCUGCGCCUGCCCCUGCCUCCCUGGGCCCAGCUCCUGGCCCCCGAGGGCGCCUGGGUGGGCAGGUGGGAGGUGACGCCUUGUGCUCACCAUUCUCAGGGGGUCCCCGAGGGCUGGGGGGCCUGCUUCCCAUGA